GGAUUGUUCAAGAGAGUGAUCAUGGGAAGAUACAGGCAGCAAAGUUAAAAACUAUACAUUCAAUGAGACGAUUUGUGUACAUGAUUCUUAAAGGAAAACUCUCACAUCGUGGGUUAAUACAAAGGAAACAAAGUUGAGGGAGAGUGACCAUCAUUGAGAGUUUAGGAUUGGCCAGACGAGAGACCAAUUUAAAUUACAAUACACCGGGUGAAGUGGACAUGGCUGGAAGACGGUUAACGGAAUCAACAGUACAGAGGUCAGUCGAUUGGCCACAGUAUCAGGUCCUAUGGUUUUUGUGCUAAUGCUAAUGUUUGGGAGCGAUCGACGGCACCCUCAUCGAAAUAAAGCAGCGAUCUAACAGGAAAGUGAGGACAUAAAGGAGACUGUGGCUGAAUACUAGGAACAAUACAUGAUAACGACUUGCAGUCUCCUAUACAACGCAACAUCUACAUCACAAUGUAAUGAGGGGGAGGGAAAGCGAGUGAGAAGGGUGCUAACGUUCCUUGACCCUUAAACAAGAGACUGGCCAAGAGUGAAUUGUUUACUGAUUGUCAUUUUGAAGUGUUGUGAAUAAUGUAUGUGAUAAACAAAGGAUGGCAUUCACUUUCAGAGAUCUGGCUUUUAUUAAAAAAGUAACGUUUCUUAAAUGUGCAGAAUAAGUCCUCAGGAGAAAGACACGACAAACACACACAAACUAUACAAGAAACACAAUGGUGCAAACGUGCACCAAAGCACAGUGCAGUCACUCCACAUCAUCUGUCUGCAGCAAUGCUCACCUGAUGAAAGCAUGGUUUCAAUCCUUGGGGAGCGUGUGGGUGUAUGUGUGUAAGCAUGCGGUGUUGUAUGAAGAUGGCGGGUACCCAAUAGUUUAGCCUGGUUACCCUUGGGAUUUCAAGGCAACUUUGAUGUUAAUCUGGGAAUGUUAACCUGACAGUUAAUGGGUCCUGGUGGGAUCGGAUGAUAUAAAUCUUGUUGAAAGGAUAAGUAUAACCGAUGGGCACACAAAGAGACAGACGGAGGGACUGCAAAGUUGAUUACAGGUUGGCCACAAUUUAGAGCUGCACUGCUAUGUUAUUUUCUAGUAAUUACGGUAACAUGAGUGGCGAAGUCACGCCUCUUCCGGUAGAUCUCUCGGCUCCACUUCACCCCGUUUUUCCAAGGGAAGGAUAACAGCAUCGAUAGAGAAAACCUAUUAUAAGUUGGGGCAUGUGGAGACUUUCAGUUAUGCCGAUGGGGAGAUUGUCGGUCUUGUCCACGCCAGUCGCAAGGAGCGUGACGUCAUAUUCAUACGAGACGUGUAGUCUUUCUCAUUGUGUUUUAUCUACAGCCCUUAACUGAACAAUUGCACAAUAAACGGUCAGGCAUGAAAAAUUAUAAUUUAAAUCAACAAACAACAUAUGUGUACUCCGGGGCAUAUAAAGACUGGGACCAGAAGAUAAUUACUUUCUCUCCAUUGAAACCCAUUCAUAUUUUUCGAUCUCAUAGGUCCCAUGGGCUCUACCGGAAGGGGUGUGACUUCGCGGCUAUUCCAUUCUAGGGUAAAUCGACAACACGGGGUCGUUUCAUGUCAGUCUCUGUUACUUCUCGCAGGUAGUCGAGUAAAACAUGUUAAUAAACAUGUCUCCCAGCGGCUCCACUUUGGAACAACAGCUUUGCUCCAUAAUGGACGUACUUGCAAAAGCGGCCGUAUCGGAAAUUAGCCAACUGUUCUCGGAAGGCUCGACUACCCUUCGAUUACAAAUAACUCAGAGCCUGAAAGAAAACGAAGCGCUGAGGACGAGGAUGAAGGUGAUGAGGAGUGAGCUGUUUUCUUUGCGGCUUCAAACGAGAUCGAAUGCAUCGCGUGCGGCAAGUCGUUUCGCCCUGGCUCGAGCCAACAUCUGCAAACCAUGGACUAAACCACUGGGAAAUGGUUUAAAGCACCUCAAGGACCACAAGGCGGAUGGAAGUCCCCCUUCUCAUUCAUCAUCCAAAAGUGUGGCUUCAACCAAUACAACUCCAUCAGAGCAGGAGACUCCAGACAUAAUUUUAAUCAAAGAUGAAGAGGAUAUCAAUGGAUGCAGUCCAACUGUUGAAGACUGCGAAGCCUUUGGAGAAUGCAGCACGCAGCGUGGCGCUACCUCUGAGAGUCUGCAUGUGGACGCCCCUGGCUCCUCCCACAUGUCCAGUCACGACGGGGAGCUGCGGAUCCUGAGCGUCCACGGAAAAGGGGAGGGCCCACUGGCGGUGGACGCUAAUGACACCCUCUUUACCGCGUCUGAACUGGAGGCCCUGAGCUCGCUGUCCCCGGACCACAGCAUCACCCACGACAGCCUCCUCAGCUUCAACAGCGGCCCCAGUGAGAGGGCCCCGUCGCAGGGGACGCAGGACAGCAGGGGGGGUACCGGUAGUGACGGCCACACAGAACGGCUCCAGUGUGUCCAGGCCGCCUCCCGGUCCCUGAAGCAUGCCGCGCUAGAGGCCGGCGACAAGGGAAGGCGAUUGGGCAACCUCGGUGCACAGUUCCCACAGCAGCACAACUUGUUAUUCCCGCAGGGAGAGGACAAGAGCCUGGACAGCGGCGAGCGGUUCUUAAGCCGCAAGGAGCUGGUCAUGCACCGGGCCAGCCACAAGGAGGCGGCGCCUAUCCCGUGUGCGUUGUGUGGCAAGUCGUUGGCUAACAAGGCAAAGCUGAGAAUGCAUAUGCGCAUCCACACAGGUGAAAGGCCGUACGGGUGCGUCCAGUGUGGGAAGCGCUUCACGCAGAGCGGUAGCCUAAAGAUCCACCUGAGGACUCACUCUGGGGAGAAGCCCUGCGUGUGUCUGCAGUGCAACGCCCGCUUCAGCGACCCCAGCAGUCUUCGUCGCCACAUGGUCAAGCACAUUGGCAAUGAGGUGAUUUAUAUGGCAAUAAACAUGUCGCCGUGCGACUCAACUUUGGAAGAACAGCUUUCGUCCAUAAUGGACGUACUUGCAAAAGCGGCUGUAUCUGAAAUUUGCCAACUAUUCUCGGAAGGCUCGACUACCCUUCGCAUACAAAUAACUCAGAGCCUGAAAGAAAACGAAGCGCUGAGGACGAGGAUGAAAGUGAUGAGGAGUGAGCUGUUUUCUUUGCGGCUUCAAACAAGAUCAAAUGGAUCGCGUGCGGCAAGUCGUUUCGCCCUGGCUCGAGCCAACAUCUGCAAACCACGGACUAAAUCACUGGGAAAUGACCUUAAGCCCCAGAUGGACCACAAGGAGGUUGCAAAUUCCCCUUCUCAUUCACCAUCAAUAAGUGAGGAUUCCUCUGUUACAACUCAAGCAGAGCCGCAGAACGCAGACAUCAUUUUAAUCAAGGAUGAAGAGGAUAUUGGUGGAGGCAUGCCCGCUUUAGAAGACUGCGAUGCCUUUGGAGACCGCAGCAGGCAGGGCGGCGCCACCUCGGAGAGUCUGCAUGUGGACGCCCCUGGCUCCUCCCACAUGUCCAGUCACGACAGUGACCUGCGAAUCCUGAGCGUCCACGGAAAAGGGGAGGGCCCACUGGCGGUGGACGCUAAUGACAACCUCUUUACGGCCUCCGAACUGGAGGCCCUGAGCUCGCUGUCCCCGGACCACAGCACCACCCACGACAGCCUCCUCAGCUUCACCAGCGGCCCCAGUGAGAGGGCCCCUUCGCAGGGGACGCAGGACAGCAGAGGGGGUCACGGUAGAGACGGCCAAGCAGAACGGCUCCAGCACUUCCUGGCCGCCUCCCGGUCCCUGAAGCACGCUGCGCUGGCGGCCGGAGACAAGGAAAGGCAACCGCGCCAGCUCAGCACACAGUUCCCGCUUCAGCCUAACUUGGUGUUCCCUCAGGGCGUGGCCAAGAGUCUAGAAGGCUGCGGGCGGUUUGUCCGCCGCGAUGAGCUGGUCAUGCACCGGGUCCGCCACAAGGGGACAAUGCCCAUCCCCUGUGCCUUGUGCGGCAAGGUGUUGGCCAGCAAGGCCAAGCUGACCAUGCACAUGCGCAUCCACACGGGUGAGAAGCCGUACGGGUGCAUCGAGUGUGGGAAGCACUUCACGCAGGGAGGCAACCUGAAGAUCCACCUGAGGACUCACUCCGGGGAGAAGCCCUGCAAAUGUCAGCAGUGCAACGCUAGCUUCAGCGACCCCAGCAGUCUGCGUCGCCACAUGGUCAAGCACACGGGCUAAGGGGUGCUUUAACACGUAGCAACCGGACAAUCGCAUUGACAGCUUUCUUGUGUAUGUGAUCAAUGAUUGCUUUAGUUUUUUAUUUCAGAUACUUUCCAAGUUUUGGACUUUUAUUAUUUUAUAUUAUAUUAUUUUUAUUAUUAUGCUAUUUGAAUUAUAUUAUUUAAUUUUGUUUGUUUUUAUAGAUUGAGAUACUAGUUUCUGUCAAAUAUUUUUAAUGGUUUAUUCCCCCUGAAUACUAUAUUAUUAUUUAUAAAUAUAUAUUAUUUUGAUAUUGCAGUCUCAUCUAUCGCAAAGCCUGACAUAAAUUCACCUUCCCUGUAUGCAGUCAUGAUUGAGUAAUAAUUUUCAUAGUUGGUUGAUCCACUAAUGGUCAGUGGUGGAUGCACGAUAUAUCGAACCUACAUCGGUAUCGCCGAUAUUCGCUCUGUUGACUGAUAACGGACUAUCGGAAAAUAAAAUGGCAUUCACCGAUGGAAGUGGCCGAUGCUUAUUGGUUGUGUCAGUCAGCGCUGCCUAAAUGUUACCUUGGUUAAUUGUGGUCUGACUUGCCUUUUCGGAGAAAACCUAACAGGUGCUAGGCUACUAUAUUACCACCCAUAAAAGCCCCUGGCUGGAGACAACUCUGUCACAGCGCGCACUUGUGAUUUGUUUACAAAUAAAAGUGACAGAAAAUGUCA